CAGAAAGAAAUAAACUUAUCUCUCUCUUUUUCUCCUUUUUUUUUCAUUUUAUUUGUACCCCUUUAUAUUAGUGAUAUUGUAGAUCCUGCAAGACAGAAUAUGCACAUAAAAAUUUCCUUCUUGACUUCGAGACACCCAAGCUAUGGCGGAGAAGGUUACGAUAAUGAAGUUGACGGUCGAAGCAUGUGCCAAAUGCUACAAAAAGGCCAAGAAAGCUCUCCGCAAGUUCCCUCAAAUAAGAGAUGAACUGUACGAUGAGAAGACUAACACAAUCAUCAUCAAGGUGGUUUGUUACGAUCCUGAGAAGCUUAUGAACAAACUUUGCAACAAAGGAGGCCGUUCUAUUAAGUCCAUCGUGAUCCUGGAACCACCCAAGCCUAUUCCAGCCCAGACUCAACCUUCUGAGAAGCCCAAAGAGCCCGAGAAGGUCCCAGCUCCAGUUCCGGUACAGGUUCCAGCGCCAACUCCGGCUCAGGAUCCAGUUCCGAUUCUGGUUCCGGCCCCAGCUCCGGUUCCCCAACUGAUGCCGAUGUUUCAGGCAUAUCAUUUUGGGCCGUACUACGAGACCCAACAGGGCGGGUGUUCCUGGAGGCCUGUUUACGAUAACUGGGGAGGCGGGCCACACCCACAUUGUUGCCACGAAGUCACAUACCAACAAAGCUGCUCCAUCCUGUGAAUGUGAAAAACUGAACUCAGUCUCAUAAACUGACCAGUAUAUAGUUUUAUAGUAUAUACCAACAAAUAUAUACACGAAGUUGUUUUUAAUGUAUUCGUCUUGUAGCAAUAUUUAGAGGUAUCUUUCAUAUAUUUGCACACAAUAUAUGGUUCUUUUCUUGUUUAUAUAUAUAUAUAUAUAUUUUUUUUUGGUUAUAACCUAUGAUACGUAUAAUUCAUUUUA